AUGGCAGGGUACUGUCGAUUGUGGAUACCGGGCUUUGCUGAGAUGGCCAAACCCCUGUACAUACCCUCUAAAACUCAGCAGACCUUUGAGUGGAUGGAAGAGGCAGAAUGGGCUUUCCAACAGGUGAAAAAGGCCCUCCUUUCAGCCCCGGCGCUAAGACUGCCAGAUGUAUCCAAACCAUUCCACCUAUACGUGGAUGAACAUAAUGGGGUGGCUAAGGUGGUGUUGACCCAACAUCUAGGCCCCUGGCCUAGACCCAUAGCAUACCUGUCAAAGAAACUAGACCUGGUAGCAGCAGGAUGGCCCCCCUGCCUCCGAAUGAUAGCAGCCACCACCUUGAUGGUAAAGGAUGCUGAUAAACUGUCACUGGGUCAAGAAUUACGAGUGACCACUCCACACGCCAUUGAAAGCAUCCUCAAACAGCCCCCUGACCGAUGGAUGAGCAACGCUCGCAUGGUCCACUACCAGGGACUAUUGCUCAAUCCUACGAGGAUAGUCUAUACUUCCCCUCAGGCCCUAAACCCCGCAUCACUACUGCCUGACCCAGACCUGGAUGCUCCCCUCCAUGACUGUAUUGACAUCUUAGCCCAGGUCCAUGGGCUACGGGAAGACCUGCUGGACUAUCCCCUGACAGACGCUGAAGUCGUUUGGUUCACUGACGGCAGCAGUUUCAUCCACGAAGGACAAAGGUAUGCAGGGGCCGCAGUCCCCUCAGAGACGGAAAUUAUCUGGGCUGGUGCAUUGUCUCUGGGCACCUCAGCGCAAAAAGCCGAGCUAAUCGCCCUGACACAGGCCCUCAAAUUAGGGCAGGGCCUCCGGAUGACUGUAUAUACAGACAGCCGAUAUGCCUUAGCCACGGCCCACGUCCAUGGGGCAAUCUAUAGGGAGAGGGGAUCACUCACCGCCGAGGGAAAGGACAUCAAAGACAAGGACGAAGUUCUGGCCUUACUAGCAGCCAUCUGGGCCCCUAAGAAAUUGGCCAUAGUCCACUGUUCUGGAAACCAAAAACCAAGCGACCCAGUCUCUAGGGGAAACAAUUUUGCUGAUCAGACUGCUCGCCAAAUAGCCUGUAGCAAAGUCCCGAUGCUACCAAUACAACUACCCAACCCGGGACCCCGAGAACUGCCACCCCAUCCGGAAUACUCCGAAAAAGACAUCGCAUGGAUGAGUAAACUCCCAAUGGCCCAGGUUAAGGAUGGCUGGUGGCGAGAUAUGAAAAAUAACAUCAUUCUCCCCGAGGCCAUGGGACAAGAAGUUCUAGAGCGAAUUCACCAAACAACUCAUUUAGGUUCCAGAUGGCUACAGGACCUUAUGCGACAAUCCAAACUAUCAGAAACGUCGUUGAAAAAUCAGAAAGAAUUGCCACCGGAUGUGCAGCUUGCCAACUUCAAAACGCCUGCCCACACUCCUCUAUAGCCGGAUCCUGAGAGAGGGGAACCCUGCUGGGAGCCUAUUGGGAAAUAGACUUUACAGAGGUAAAGCCUGGGAAAUAUGGCUAUAAGUACUUACUGGUGUUUAUAGAUACCUUUUCAGGAUGGACUGAGGCUUUUCCAACCAAGCAUGAGACUGCACAGGUGGUGGCAAAGAAACUACUCGAAGAUAUUCUGCCCAGGUAUGGCUUUCCGGGUCUGGCUUCCAUAAUUGGGGUUAAUUGGAAAUUACAUUGUGCAUAUAGACCCCAGAGUUCAGGACAGGUAGCAAGAAUGAACAGAACCUUAAAAGAGACCCUUGCUAAAUUGACCAUGGAGACUGGCGCUAACUGGGUGGCUCUGCUCCCCUACGCUCUGUAUCGAGUACGCAACACCCCAUAUAAGCUGGGGUUCACACCUUAUGAGAUCAUGUAUGGUAGGCCUCCUCCCAUCAUACCUAAACUCGGAACUGACCUUAUCCAGUCAGAUCAUGAUAACUCCUUUUUAUUCUCCCUCCAAGCUUUACAACGAGUCCAUAAACGUAUUUGGCCAAGACUAAGGGACUUAUAUGCAACAGGACCUCCGUCUGUACCCCAUCAGUUCCACCCUGGAGAUUGGGUUCUUGUCAAGCGACACCGAGCCGAGACCCUCGAACCUCGUUGGAAGGGACCUUUCCAGGUUAUCCUGACUACCCCUAUAGCCAUCAAGGUGGACAGCAUAGCAACCUGGAUACACCACACCCACGCGAAGCCAGUUGACCCACUGUCAGAUCUCAUCAGAAAACCCAACCAGGACGUCAGUUGGACAGUGGACCGCAGUAAGGACAAUCCUCUUAAACUAACCCUGCGCCGAAAACCUGACUCCCGUUUCCCCAAUAAUUAAUAUGAAACUUCCUCUCUUUGCUCUGCUGUUUACACUCCUGCCAUGGUAUGGGGCCUCCAGUCCCCAUGCCCCAGCCAUUUUGACUUGGCAAGUCACUAAUAGUGCGGGCUUAGUAGUUUGGAACAUGUCACACACAGCUACUCCCUACACCUGGUGGCCUAACUUAUACCCUGACGUCUGUAAGUUAGCCAUGGGAGCCCCAGCCAACUGGGACACAGAAAAUUACUUUGACCUACAGAAGCCCCCUUCACAACCAUCCCCCCGGGGGCGACUCGGGUUAGACCCUUGGGGAGGCUGUGGGGACUGGAGUCAGCGAAGUAUGUUAAGCACACUUACCUUCUAUGUAUGCCCCGGGGUUCACAGACCCAGGGAAUGGACCCACUCAUGUAGUGGGGCAGCCCACUUUUAUUGUCGCAAUUGGGGCUGCGAAACCACGGGUGACACUUAUUGGAAACCCACCUCAGACUGGGACUACAUAACCGUGACGGCGAAUUAUUCUCACGCCAGGAGCAGUCCCAAAUGGACACAGAACCCAGCCUGUAAAGACCAGUGGUGUCACCCACUCAAAAUAGCCUUUACUGAAUCGGGAAAAAGACAAACUAACUGGGUGAGGGGAUAUACCUGGGGCCUCAGAUUCUAUAAAGAACGUUAUGACGACGGUCUAACGUUCACUAUAAAACUUUCUAUAGAAACCUCUAAAGCCACCAUAGGGCCCAACCCCGUACUUGCCCCACCACCUCCAACCAGGCCCCGCCUAACAGUUGUCACUCAGAGCCCUGCCACUUACGGGGCAACACAGACGGGCCACAAUCGGACCGGAAUCCUCCCACUCCCCACAAGCCCCACCAAACGGCCUAUGAUAAGUACUGAAAAACCUAGAUCAAGAAACCCCAAUGACCACCUACUUAAGUUGAUCCAAUAUGCCUUUCAAGUCCUGAAUUAUACUAAUCCCAAUGCCACUGAGUCCUGUUGGCUAUGUUAUGACAUAGCGCCCCCUUUUUACGAGGGACUGGCCACUCCAGGAUCUUACAAUCUAUCAUCCGCACCCUCCAUGUGCCGGUGGACAAGUCGAAGCCCCCGCCUAACCUUAGCAGCCGUACGGGGCCGGGGGACAUGCGUAGGAAAGAUCCCGCCUGAACACAUGCACUUAUGUAGUCAGAACCUUACUAUAAAUAACACAGAGCAAUAUGUAAUACCUCCCCAAGAUGCCUGGUGGGCCUGCGCCAGUGGGAUAACGCCAUGCAUCCACCCAGGAGCAUUAAACCGAAGUGCAGACUACUGUGUGAUGGUCCACCUGAUUCCUCGCUUAAUCUAUCAUCCUUAUGAAGAUUUAAUGUCAUAUUGGGAAGGAGGAUUACGUAGAACUAAAAGAGAACCCGUAAGCCUAACCCUGGCACUUAUGCUAGGCCUAGGGUUAGGUACCGCCGGGGUGGCUACCGGGGCAUCAGCCCUAAUCUCACAACAACCUCACUAUCAAUACUUACGAGAAGCCAUUGAUAUAGAUAUACAGGAAUUAGAAUUAUCCAUUUCUAAACUUCAGGAGUCUGUCAGCUCAUUAGCAGAAGUUGUCCUCCAAAAUAGACGGGGAUUGGACCUCCUAUUCUUCCAACAAGGUGGCUUAUGUGCUGCCCUUAAGGAAGAAUGUUGCUUUUAUACAGAUCACUCAGGAGUAGUCAAAGACUCGAUGGCUAAGGUACGGGAAGGGUUGGCAAAACGGAAAAGGGACCGUGAAGCUGGGCAAGGUUGGUUCUGGUCAUGAUUUAAUUCAUCUGCUUGGCUGACCACCUUAAUAUCCUCCUUCCUAGGACCCCUUUGUAUUCUGAUCCUGUUACUGACCUUUGGCCCAUGUAUUUUAAAUCGUCUGGUGGCCUUUGUCAACCAACGCCUUCAGACAGUACAAAUCAUGCUCCUAAGACAGCAGUAUCAGCCCCUAGACUUGAGCAACAACAACGACCUCACUGGUGACAACCAAGGACCCAAGAUUGGCUCCUCAGGCACCUGAGAGAAGGGGGGAAUGAAAGACCAGAAGAACCCCCCUGGCUAGAAGUGCAUUCUUAUCCUGUUAACCAGCUAGUUUCGCUUCUGUACGAAGGCUUGCUUUUUGGCGCGUGCGGGCUAACCGGCCAGUUCUGCUUCUGUAAGACUGCUUUGCUUGUUUCGCGCACGGCCCCUGAACCAAUCCGCUGGCGCCAAGUAUGCCUGUUUAAACUGUCAACCAAUCAGCUCAGCCCCACCCAAAACUUGUUUGUAUCUGUCUAUAAAAACCCUGCAUCAACCCAGCUCUGGACCUCUUGGCGUUAUCGGCAAGAGCGGCCAGAGGUCCAGGUUCGAACCUGCAAUAAACGACCCUUGCUGAUUGGCUUUGA